GCACAGAAAACUCCUCCAGGGGGAUGAAAAGAAGUAGGGAGACCCGUAGAGAGGCAACUGCAGUCGUUCAACUGAAAAGUGAUGGUGGUUUCGACAGGUGCAUAGAGUCCUCACGUUUCCGGAGACUGGGGUGGGCAUAGGGAGCAGCUCUCGUGCCCUCGCGAGAGGACGGAAAGGGCGCAGGGUUUGAAACAUGGCGGACGACGUGGACCAGCAACAAACUACCAACACUGUAGAAGAGCCCCUGGAUCUCAUCAGACUCAGCCUGGAUGAGCGAAUCUAUGUGAAAAUGAGAAAUGACAGAGAGCUUCGAGGCAGGUUACAUGCGUAUGAUCAGCACUUAAAUAUGAUAUUGGGAGAUGUGGAAGAAACUGUGACAACUAUAGAAAUUGAUGAAGAAACAUAUGAAGAGAUAUAUAAAUCAACAAAACGGAAUAUUCCAAUGCUCUUUGUCCGGGGAGAUGGCGUUGUGCUAGUUGCCCCACCGUUGAGAGUUGGCUGAAACAAAGAAUUUAUCCUGUGUGGAAAUGGGAGAUGUUGUGUGUUGCCUCUUUAAAUGUAGAAGACACCCAAAAGAGAAACCUGCGUACAUUUUGAUAUUAAGAAAUAACCAAGAAUUCUUCCACUCCUGAAAUAAGUUGAUUUGCAGAUAACUCAGAAAUUCUUGAGCUAAACAGCAUUUUUAUUUUUCUCUAACUCAUCCAAUAAAUGUGAUCACCAAGAUGCAGAACUUUU